AGACUUCAGUGGCUUGUUUAACAACUGCAGAGUUCAGUUUGGUAUUUAGUGCCUAGAAGGAAAGUGAUAAUUUCAAGUCUAUUGAUUGGAUCUUGACUCCAGGCUUCACUGUAAAGAUAUGUAUACAAUUACUAAGUUGAUUCUCAUGAUAGAUGGUCUAAUGGAAUCAAGAAGUGUUUGAUCUUGAUUCUUCCCAAUCAUGUGGACUAACUUUUAACUCAGCAGUGUCUUCAUAAAACGUUACUCAUUAACAAUAUUCAGUACUAAUAUCUAAAGAAAGUUGUCAGGUAAGAGGAGGUAUGUUUUGAGCUUCCAGGAGAAAAUUUUCUAUAAGUCUUCAAAAAAUACCUAUCCUGGACAUAAAGGAUGAUAAUUUUCUAGACUACCUAAUUGUUUUUACCCACUAUGAACAAAAACUUUGGGUGUAAACUGGUCAGACUUCAACCUAAAUUCUAAGAACUUUCUUGUUUUCAGCAAAUUAUUAUUUUUUCCUCGCUAUGUUGUGUGUGUGAUUUUUUUUUAAAGUUUUCAAUAUUUUAGUGUUCAUUCAGAUAGAAAGGAAUCACUUACGAAACAUGUUAAUUUACUUUUAAUUUUGAAUAUUAUGAAACAGUUGGUAUUAUUUCUGUAAAAUAUCUUUACAUUAUUGUGGGAUGUGUGUGAUGAUAACUAUUGCCUGCUGUUCCCUGCUGACUCCUUGAAUCUUGUGGGUCUUAAAGGCUUUCUAGGUAAUAGCUGGUGUCUCUCUACAUAUUCACUGAAAGAUAUGUUUUGGGCAGCAUGAUAUUCAUUUAAUAUAUGUUUUAAUAUUCGAAUUACAUGAGCAGAGUACAGUAAUGAAACCACCCAAAGAGUAUCUAUCAAUCUAUUUGUCUAUUGAUCUAUCAUCCAUCUGUCUCUAUAUUCUAUCUCUCACCUAUAUAACUUUCAUAUAAAUAUAUAUGGUUAUGAAAAUAUGUUAUACCUUACAAAGACUUGCAUUUCAACAAUUGCUAGAACAAACUUUAAAGCCACUAAGUAUAAAAAAAGGAAACACAUGAGUCAAUUUAACAGAUGGCAUGAGCCUUAGAAUGUUGACAUCACAAUGGUUCUACAGUUGAACUACUACAGAGCCCUCAGACUUCAGUAGUUUGUCUACUAAAGGGAAUCACCAGUUUGGUGUUCAGGAGUAGGAAGGCAAAAUAAAAUUUUAAGUCCAUUGAAAAUUUCAACCUACCAGUCUCCAUGGAAAAAGUAUUUUUAUAAAUAAUUAGAUUAUCAUGAUAGACUAAUCAUAUCAGGAAAUAUUCUCUCUUCAUUCCUAGAGAUCAUAUAAGCUAGCUCUCAACUCAGCAGUGGUUUCUUGAAAUGGUAGUCAUUGUAGGAAUAUCCAAUACCAAUCUUCUGUAGAAACAACAUUAUUCUGUGAGGAGACAUAUGCUUUGAUCAUACAGGAAAAAGGAUUCUGCAAAUCUUUAAAAAAAAAUCUGUCCAAGUUAUAAGUGAGGAUUAUUUUAUAUGCAACCCAUUUUUUUUAACCACACAACUAUAAAGAUUUUUAAAAAAAUGUUCAGACUUUUUUGGUACACCAAAAAUCAAAUAACUUGUUGGUUUUCUUCAAAUCGUUAUAGUUUGUAACACAUAUUGUCUUCUUUGGAAUCUUUCUAAAUAUUUGAAUAUCGAUUCAGAUAGGCAGGAACAGCUUUUUCAGACAUGUUCAUUUGCUUUCAAUUUUCCUUCCCAUGAAAUUGAGUUGGUAUUAUUUUUUGUCAUAACUUAACAUUAUUGUUUGAAGUGUGUGAUGACAGCUGUUGGCGGCUGUAUCUCUUUGACGUUUGGAUUCACAGGAAUCCUUAAUGCUUUCUAAUUCAAAGUUAUGGUGCCUCUGUAUGUAUUUUUUGAAAGAUGUAACAUGUUUUUGCCAAAAUUAUAUUUCCUUAAAGAAAAUAUGUAUCAUAAAUAUCCCAUUUGUAUGAGCAGGUCACAGUAAAGAAACCACCAGAAGAUUUGCCAUUCCAGUAUUACAUGGAAGGAUUUCAUUAGGGAUAAGAGAGAAAUCAUGUUCAGAAGCUGAUGGAAGAGUUCUGUGUAGAGAGAAAGAAACAGAUUUGCUAUGGCCUAGGCUGGGUAACAGAGAAAGAAGAAUAUCAGGAGAGAAAAAUGGGGCUAACUUGAGUAGGAGAAACUUUGCAUUCAUAAAGAUGGAGAGGGGACUUUAUAGUUAGCAUAGCACAGGAGAUGGAGAGGUUUGGAGAGGUACAGAAAUCUAGGUGGAAACAUUAAAAUGUACAAGUUGGGCAAGACUAACGUCACAAAUAUUUUUUGAAAGCUGAAAGGUUUGUUUAUUUGUUUGUUUCUUUGUUUGUUUUGCUGGUUUGACAGAGAUCUAGUUUAUUAUAACAUUUUUGACAGCUCAACUGAAUAUUAGGAUCGCACAAGCAGAAGUCUUUGGUUUGAGUUUGUUUAGAUUAAUACAAUUACACCUUCAGAAGACAAUAUAUAACAGCCGCUCAUUUCUAAAUUUUCACCAUUCAAGACAGGAGUGUUUGGAGAAGGGACAAUCACUUUAAAAAGAAAUUUCUGAAGGAAACAGAUGUAUAGGCCAAUAUAGGAAAGGACAGGUUGUUCACAUGUAUAAAAAGCAGUCUAAAAUUUAAUUUCUUACUAUCCUUUUUAUUAGCAUAUCAUUUAUGUUAAAAGUUACAAUUAUAUUUUAGUAUCACAUUUUUAUUUUUUUUUGAAUUUCAUAAUGUGUACCAUAUGUUAACUGUUAUCAUCAUAAAUGUUGAUAUAAUAUUCCUCAGAACUUCACUUUCAACUUUACUUACUUCGUUUUAAUAUCAUGAACUCUUUAUAAUUUAGUAUGAACAUUGGUCUUAUAACUUAUCCACUAAAUCUUGUUCUGUUAGGUGGAGACCUGUAGCAGAAGAAUCAUAUUUUAUCUAUAUGGAAACCGUUGUUAAGGGCGACAUGGGAGGACUACAUAGAUCCUUACUGUGCCAAGGCCCUGUGAAAAUAACAGUCUACAAAAAAAGGAAGAAAAAACAUCUUUCCUUAUUUAAUGAUGUUUUGGUUGUAUCUAGUAACUUGAAAAAGAAGAAGUUUAAGAUAAAAUGUAUCAUACCACUGAAAAACCUGUGGGCCGUGGAUGAUGUGAUCUUUUACAGGGGAAACAAAAACUAUAGUUCCACGACCCUUUACCUGUUUUGGCCGGAUGGAAAAUUUUUUGCUACUUUUGGUUCAAAAGAACAGAAAUAUCAGUGGUACUAUUUUCUCAAAAGGUCCAUUAAUAACGCCAAGAGGGGUAUGAAGAAAACAUUCUCACUGCAGAUAUUCACCGAGAACAUACCAACCUGUGACAGUGUAUGUGAAUACAAAUUCAAAACUGAUAUUUCAAGUUCAUGACUAGCAGACAGACAGGCAGUUUGUAGAACAAUGGAAGAUGGAAACAUAAGAAGACGGGAGAGGGGAGAGAUAGUAAGAAUUUAUGUAUAUGGAAAAUCUCCUUUAUUUGUAUCAACAACAACCAUUGAUAAGGUGAAUGAUAUAAUGAAGAAGCUACUACCAAUGACUAGAGUGCCUCACAUUGAAGAUUACCAACUGUGGUUCUGUCCUGGCCAUGAGAAAGCUCCAAGAGCACUCCAAGGCCACGAGUGUCCACAUGAUAUUAUACUGACCAACCUUCAAAAUAACUUAAGUAGGUUGAACUCAAAAAUGUUCCCUGCUUUUCCUGCCUUGCCUGGGCUGCUUGUGAACGACACAUACUUGGAUGCACAGGGACAAUUCAUCUUAAAGCCCACCUUAACAUACUCAGCUAAAAGCCAGAAGCAAUAUUCAGAGAAAAUACAAGAAAAUGUGCCUGCAACCCAGAAGGCACCAUUUAAAAAUCCAACAUCACAAUUGAAAAGUCAACUAGUUUCUAAAUUUCCAUCCAUUGGUUGCUUCAAACAAUUGCUGCCAGCACCAAUACUUGAUUUCACUAGAAAUAUACAAGGAAACAUGCUUUCUUCAGAUUCAUAUGGAAAUUGGAUUAGUAUCCCAGAUGAAACUUCUGUGCUUGCAAAAAGUUCUGCUAUACAAAGUAUUUCAUUGAAAAUGCCACAACCAUACUUCCUGUUGUGCAACUAUCUUCUCCGUGAGUUACCAAAAAUGACAACCUCUUCCAGGAUUCACCUAGACAUGGUCCUCUCAUCUCUCCACGUAGCUCCUCAUGUGCUAUGGGAUCCGACUUGCAGGAACUCAUUAGUCGGGAGUGACCACACUGAAAAUGAUUUCACUAGAAAUAUACAAGGAAACAUGCUUUCUUCAGAUUCAUAUGGAAAUUGGAUUAGUAUCCCAGAUGAAACUUCUGUGCUUGCAAAAAGUUCUGCUAUACAAAGUAUUUCAUUGAAAAUGCCACAACCAUACUUCCUGUUGUGCAACUAUCUUCUCCGUGAGUUACCAAAAAUGACAACCUCUUCCAGGAUUCACCUAGACAUGGUCCUCUCAUCUCUCCACGUAGCUCCUCAUGUGCUAUGGGAUCCGACUUGCAGGAACUCAUUAGUCGGGAGUGACCACUCUGAAAAUGAUUUCACUAGAAAUAUACAAGGAAACAUGCUUUCUUCAGAUUCAUAUGGAAAUUGGAUUAGUAUCCCAGAUGAAACUUCUGUGCUUGCAAAAAGUUCUGCUAUACAAAGUAUUUCAUUGAAAAAGGCACAACCAUACUUCCUGUUGUACAACUAUCUUCUCCGUGAGUUACCAAAAAUGACAACCUCUUCCAGGAUUCACCUAGACAUGGUCCUCUCAUCUCUCCACGUAGCUCCUCAUGUGCUAUGGGAUCCGUCUUGCAGGAACUCAUUAGUCGGGAGUGACCACUCUGAAAAUGAUUUCACUAGAAAUAUACAAGGAAACAUGCUUUCUUCAGAUUCAUAUGGAAAUUGGAUUAGUAUCCCAGAUGAAACUUCUGUGCUUGCAAAAAGUUCUGCUAUACAAAGUAUUUCAUUGAAAAAGCCACAACCAUACUUCCUGUUGUACAACUCUCUUCUCCGUGAGUUACCAAAAAUGACAACCUCUUCCAGGAUUCACCUAGACAUGGUCCUCUCAUCUCUCCACGUAGCUCCUCAUGUGCUAUGGGAUCCGUCUUGCAUGAACUCAUUAGUCGGGAGUGACCACUCUGAAAAUGAUUUCACUAGAAAUAUACAAGGAAACAUGCUUUCUUCAGAUUCAUAUGAAAAUUGGAUUAGUAUCCCAGAUGAAACUUCUGUGCUUGCAAAAAGUUCUGCUAUACAAAGUAUUUCAUUGAAAAAAGCCACAACCAUACUUCCUGUUGUACAACUCUCUUCUCCGUGAGUUACCAAAAAUGACAACCUCUUCCAGGAUUCACCUAGACAUGGUCCUCUCAUCUCUCCACGUAGCUCCUCAUGUGCUAUGGGAUCCGACUUGCAGGAACUCAUUAGUAGGGAGUGACGGCUCUGAAAAUUUAAGGGGAUCUGAUUUUCGGGACCAGAGUCCUCAUGGUGACCCAGGAAUUGGGACUACCUCAGAAAGGCGACUGAUGUUAAAGGACACCCUAGGAUUGCAUCCUUCUGGAGUGGGAGAUACAUCAAUCUAUUUCAGGAAUAGAUUGGAAGGGGAGAGCGUUAAAGUAGCUUGAUGAAAGUGAAUAAAUUCAUUUUGGUUCUUCUGUUCUUU